CUCCCGUCGUCAUUCACCCCCCAAACUCUUUCAAUCUCUCAGCUGCCAUCGUAUUUCCCAGCGAGAAGAGAGAGACAGAUAAUCCAGAAUGUUUUCUCGCGCAGCCCGGUUAUCGACGAGGGUAGCGGCGCCCGUCCGCGCCCGCGUUGCUGCUCCCCGUGUCGUUAUUCCCUCGAUCGCCGCUAGGAGGUCCGUCACCACCAAUGCUGCUUCGGCCCAGCUCGAGAAGCCCCUCCCAGAGUCGGAGACCGAGCCCUUCCAGGUCACCCUCAGCGAUGAGAGCUUCGAGACCUACGAGCUCGACCCCCCUCCCUACACCCUCAAUGUCACCAAGAAGGAGCUGAAGCAGAUGUACUACGACAUGGUCGUCGUCAGACAAAUGGAGAUGGCCGCCGACAGACUGUACAAGGAGAAGAAGAUUCGUGGUUUCUGCCAUUUGUCCGUUGGUCAGGAGGCUGUCGCCGUCGGUAUCGAGCAUGCGAUUGAGAGAGCUGACGACGUCAUCACCUCGUACCGUUGCCACGGCUUCGCCUACAUGCGCGGCGGUACCGUUCGCUCCAUCAUUGGCGAGCUUCUCGGUCGCCGUGGCGGUAUUGCCUACGGCAAGGGUGGUUCCAUGCACAUGUUCACCAAGGGCUUCUACGGCGGUAACGGUAUCGUCGGUGCUCAGGUCGCCGUCGGUGCUGGUCUUGCUUUCGCCCACAAGUACACUGGCCGCAAGAACGCUUCCAUCAUCCUCUACGGUGAUGGUGCCAGCAACCAGGGUCAGGUCUUUGAGUCUUUCAACAUGGCCAAGCUCUGGAACCUCCCUGCCCUUUUCGGCUGCGAGAACAACAAGUAUGGUAUGGGUACCUCUGCCGCCCGCUCGUCGGCCUUGACCGACUACUACAAGCGUGGCCAGUACAUCCCCGGUCUCAAGGUCAACGGCAUGGACGUCCUCGCCGUCAAGGCCGCCGUCGCGUACGGUAAGCAGUGGACCAACAACGACAACGGCCCUCUCGUGCUCGAGUACGUCACCUACCGCUAUGGUGGCCACUCCAUGUCCGACCCCGGCACCACCUACCGUACCCGUGAGGAGAUUCAGCGCAUGCGCUCCACCAACGACCCCAUUGCCGGCCUCAAGCAGCACAUUCUCGAGUGGGGUGUUGCCUCGGAGGAGGAGCUCAAGAACCUCGACAAGGAGGCUCGCGCCUACGUCAACGAGGAGGUUGCCGCUGCCGAGGCGAUGCCUCCUCCGGAGGCCAACCAGCAGAUUCUGUUUGAGGACAUCUACGUCAAGGGUACCGAGCCCGACUUUAUCCGUGGCCGUACCCCCGAUGAGCUUUUCUACUUCAAGCACUAAAAAAAGUUAAAAAUUGAGUAGAGAGGCAGAAGUAAUGACAAACUAGAUGGGUUUUUUCAAGUUACAACCAAGAAACUUGUCUUCUUCUCUGAUGCAUAUCACGAAAACAAAAAUGGUGCUGGCGUCUUUAUCUACGCCGGUCAUCAUAGACGGUUGUUACUUCUUUUUUCCAUUUUCCUUGUAUAAUAAACAUUUCUGCGUAGCGCAAAACAGUCACCAACACAACCACACACACACAUAUAUAUAUAUAUCUAGACAGGUUUAAGGGGAAAGGGAUGGGGAAAGGGAAGGCGGGUUAUGAAAUUGAUAAGCUUUCAAGAU